UACGUCAAUCGACGUGUUUAAAGAGCUGUUUUGUAUUCACGGGUGUACACCUGUAACCUCAGUUUACAUAUCUAAUUGGAUAGGCAGAUGUUAGCAUUUUAAGAGGGUCUGUAAUUUAACCCCGUUUUAAUGCCAGUCGUGUAACACAUUUCACGGACUGACCUGCCAACUCAAGCUUUGCCGCUGCCGUACUUUUAUUUUUUAUAAGUAUGACGUGGACGUAGCGGUAAUAUUUCAAUGUGCCUCAAUGUUCUUGUUUGUGUGCUUGUAAUGGCUACAUGAGAAUCUGCUGGGCUGCUAUUGUCGGGUUUCUUUUUUACAGCAAAGCGGGGGAGAGGGAGGGAGAGCGAGAGAGAAAAGCAGAGCGAGCGAGAGAGAGUUGGUUGGGUAAGGGGACAAGACAAUUAAAAAGAUUGACAGGUAGCCUCCUCUGUCAGGGGUGACGCUCGUGGAGAAGGGGAGGAGUAAAAAUGCAGCAGGAAAAGCCACUCGAUGCGUCUGUCUAUCAGUUGAGACUGUCUGAAACAGCUUCUGGAUCCGUCGUGUUUCAAUUUGGACUUUUUUAGGAGGGGAAAAGAGCUCGGAUCUGUCGCCGGAGUUGCCCCCUCCCUCGUUUGUCCCCUCGUUCUUUUAAGAGACAAAACGUGUUAGUAGUCCAUGUCGAUCUGAUAUGUUGUUGGCGAAAGCUUUGGAUGCGUCUUGCUCGCCUCUCAAGUGAUUCCUUCCUUCUCAUCGCAUCAAACAGCCAACCCCCCAAAAUGCGACUCGGUCCUCGAGAUGCAACGAGAUGAUCCUUUGCGCCACUCCUAGAGCGUAGGGUACUGGUUUCGGAAGAAACCGAAAGGGCUCGCGUCUAAUCAAGAAGUGUCCGUGGCGUUCACUUCGGACUUAUUUGUGUUGUUUAUUUAUUGUUUUAUUUUUGUAGUGUGUGAAAAGUGCAGCAAACUAUCACUCCAUUCAGACAUUGAAGAUUGGGGAUUUUUUUUUUUUUAUAUCAAGCCGAAGUGAAACUUUGGGUUUCGAGCUUUUUGCUCCACUUUACAACCCGGCCACGAGGGACCUGAAGGACGAUGAUAUUUGAUGGACAUGAAGGUCUCCCGAGCUUGCUCCACUCCGUUCGUAAUUUUUGAGCUCCACGCUGCUGGAGCCGAUCCAACUAUUACGACUAAAAAUAUCUGCCAGUGUGAAAAAGAAGAGUGACAUUUUCAGCUCCGAGAUCAAAACGCUGUCCCACCCAAAAGGGAUGAUUCUUCACCAGUGACAGUCUUGAGUUCUUUGUCAUUUCUGCAUGAGAAACGCCGUGGAGGCUGACGGUCACUAUGCCGAGGAGAAAGCAGCAAGAGCCGCGCCGAUCAGCAGCGUACAUGCCCGAAGAUGAACUUAAGGCGCCCACUCAAGAGGAGGAAGAGCACCUCCAGGAUGACGGCCUCUCAUUAGAUGGCCAGGACACUGAAUUUCUGUGCAACGAGGAAGAGGAUGAUGUGGAAGGAGGCCAACCGCCUAGUUACAGAGACUCUCCCCUCAGCAAUGGCACCAACCCCGAUGCUGGCUACGGGUCCCCGCUUAGCGAUGCCAGUGACAGACUUCCGGACUUCAAAAGUACUUCCUCUCGGGAUGGUCACGAGAAGGAAGGUGCAACCUUGCCCUUCUCACCCAACAACGGCCUAUCUUUCCAAGAUAGCUUGGCUCAGAUGAAAGCCGUCUAUGCAAACCUCAUUUCAGAUGCCUCUUGGUCCAGCAUUACAAUGGAUAUCAUGAAAUCCAAGUCUGCUGCAGCUGGCAGUGUAAACAGUACCCUCAUCACCUCAGAAGCCGCCUCUUCUGCCCCAGUUUCGACAGCAACGACGACGACCACAAACAAGAGCAACGGGGUCAACAUAGUCAGCAGUCAUCACAAUGGCAGGGGCUCCAGCACCACUGCCAGCCACACUGGCACCACAACCGUUAACACAAAUGGCACUGCAGCUGCCGCUGUCAGCAUCCAGAACGCAACCGGCAGCGGCGGGAGCAGCAGUGGCGGGACUAACAAUGGUAGUGGUGUGGCUUAUGACUGGCACCAAGCAGCACUUGCAAAGACUCUUCAGCAGACCCCCUACCAUCUUUUACCAGAGCCUAGCCUUUUCAGCACAGUGCAGCUCUACCGUCAAAACAACAAGCUGUAUGGCUCCGUCUUCACCGGUGCAAGCAAAUUCCGCUGUAAAGAUUGUAGCGCUGCCUAUGACACCCUGGUUGGUUUGACAGUCCACAUGAAUGAGACUGGCCACUAUCGAGAUGACAACAAGGACAAAGAGGAGGAUCAGGGAAAGCGCUGGUCCAAGCCCCGCAAACGCUCCCUGAUGGAGAUGGAAGGCAAAGAGGAUGCUCAGAAGGUGCUAAAGUGCAUGUACUGUGGCCACUCGUUUGAAUCUCUGCAGGAUCUCAGCGUUCAUAUGAUCAAGACCAAGCAUUACCAGAAAGUGCCUCUCAAAGAACCAGUGCCAGCCUUGGCCACUAAACUGGUGCCCGCAUCCACUAAAAAACGAGUAACGCAAGAUCCGAUAAUAUCCCCUUGCUCUCCGGAGUCUGUCCAUACCGGUGGUGGGGGAGGCAAUUUAUCACUUGCCGAUAUUAGCAAAGAUGCCAAAUCAGCAGCUAAUCCCUAUGUCACGGCAAACAACCGCUAUGGCUACCAGAACGGUGCCAGCUAUACAUGGCAGUUUGAAGCACGAAAAGCUCAGAUCCUGAAAUGCAUGGAGUGUGGUAGCUCUCAUGAUACGCUGCAACAGCUUACCGCUCACAUGAUGGUCACAGGUCACUUUUUGAAGGUCACAAAUUCAGCAUCCAAGAAAGGGAAGCAACUGGUGUUUGAUCCUGUGGUGGAAGAGAAGAUUCAAUCCAUCCCACUGCCGCCUACCACCGCCAGACUCCCUGUACCUGGAAGCAUUAAGUCUCAGCCAGUGUCCCCUGCCCUCUCCUCAGGCUCAGAGGAAAAGAGGGAAGCGAGUGAGGAUGAGAAAGUUGAAAGUGGGGAGCCAGCGGAGAAAAAAAUCAAGGAGGAGAGAGAUGACUCGGGUGAGAAAGUUGAGACUGACGCCACAUCAUAUAAAUAUCUCAGAGAAGAAGAUCUGGAGGAGACUCCGAAAGAAGGUCUCGAUAUUCUUAAAUCCCUGGAAAACACGGUGUCAAGCGCCAUUAGCAAGGCUCAGACAGGCACUCCCACUUGGGGUGGAUACCCGAGCAUUCAUGCAGCUUAUCAGCUGCAAGGUGCAAUAAAAAGCUCGACUACUGUUCUGCCCCCCAGCAUCCAGAGUGUCCAGAUGCAGCCAAUGUUUAACAGUGGGCUUCGGGGGCUUGUGAGUGAUCCCAGUUCAGUCAUCCACUCACCUCGGAGCCCUUCUUCGCCUACUCCACUCAGGAGCAAUGUCACUGCCAUGGAGGAGCUGGUGGAGAAAGUGACGGGCAAAGCUGCCGCUGUAAAGAAAGAAAAGGAGGAGAAGAUGGUGAGCGUGGAGCGGGCCCGGCCCCCUUCGCUGGUCAAGUCCCCCUCUCCUGCACUGAGGGAGCAGAGAGAGCAACUGGCCUCUCCAAAUGACCUAAUUGCUGGUAAGGCAUCUGGUAUGAGAAGUACCAGCCCGGGCAGUGUCGAAGCCGAACUUAUCUGCAAGAAGGAGCCGAAAGAAAGUCUUGUGAAUGUCUACCACAACAAUUCAAAGAACGACCCCGAGGCCUGCCAAUCGCCGGUGACUAACGGCAACAGUCUCGGCGUCAUAACCGAUCACUCCCCAGAAAGUCCUUUUAUCAAUCCUCUCAGUGCACUCCAGUCAAUCAUGAACACACACCUGGGAAAGGCCUCCAAAACGGUAAGCCCAGCUGCAGACCCGCUGUCCAUGCUUUACAAAAUCAGUAACAGCAUGAUGGAUAAAAAGCCAGCCUUCAACCCAACACCUCAGGGCAAAACCGCUGAGGCCAUCAACCACUUUGCUUUGUAUGAAAACAAUGACCAACCCAUAGACCUGAGUAAAAACAAGUCGAGCACUCACAGUAACAGUAAUGCUAACAACAACAACAACAACAACAACAGCAGUAGUGUGGUCAACAAUAUUGUAAAUGGUAACAAGCCUAUCGUGAGCAUGCCGGAGAGGGUAUCCUCUCCUUUGCGAGAGAAUGCUCUCAUGGACAUCUCCGAUAUGGUCAAAAACCUCACCGGGCGACUGACUCCCAAAUCCUCAACGCCCUCCUCCAUCUCGGAGAAAUCAGACGCUGAUGGCAGUGCAUUUGAGGACGCCCUCGAGGAUCUCUCCCCAGUGCAGAAGAGAAAGGGGAGGCAAUCCAACUGGAAUCCCCAGCACCUCCUUAUCCUGCAGGCACAGUUUGCCUCCAGCUUGCGGGAGACCCCAGAAGGCCGCUACGCCAUGACUGACCUGGGCCCUCAGGAAAGGGUCCACAUCUGUAAGUUCACUGGCCUCUCCAUGACCACCAUAUCCCACUGGCUGGCUAAUGUCAAGUACCAGCUGAGACGGACUGGUGGCACCAAGUUUCUCAAAAACAUGGACUCGUGCCAGCCUGUGUUCCUCUGUGGUGACUGUGCCUCCCAGUUCAGGACUCCCUCCUCCUAUAUCAGCCACCUGGAGUCUCACUUGGGAUUCAGCUUGAAGGACCUGUCCAAACUGUCAGCUGAACACCUACGGGAGCAGCAGGCUGCCUCAAAGGUGAUCACGGACAAAAUGACAUUCGGCAGUUCCCUGUCAGCCUUGACUACGCCAGAGGACGACAUUGGCUCGGUGUACCAGUGCAGACUUUGCAAUCGGACAUUCGUCAGCAAACACGCAGUCAAGUUACACCUCAGUAAAACCCAUGGCAAGUCUCCCGAGGACCACCUGGUGUUUGUUACAGCUUUGGAGAAACUCGAGAAACUAGACAAAAUGGAGUCGGUUUAAGGAGGGUGUUGAGGAGAAGAGACGUUAACAGCUACAGUAUGGAACUGACUAGAAUUUCAUUGCACUAAAACAACAUUGUUCACAGUUACUGCACUGGGCCGAACUGAGCCAACAGAAAAAAUAAAAUAAAAAAAUACAAAGUCUUAUUUUCUGUUGUAAUGAUUGCCUGACUGGACCAUGUUGAUUUGUUUUCAUUUUGCCAUUUUUUUACACUUAUUUCCUAAGAUAUUUAUAUGCUGUUUGUCUGAUCUGUGCAUGUAUUUUAGUGAAUCAAGGUUAAACAAAAAUGAUUUCAAUAUUCUCAUGACAAAAAUACAACUGCUGUGUCAAUGAUAAAAUUAAAAAUGCAUUGGAAGAAUGGAAAUCUGUACUAUACUUUGAUAUGAAGAAGAAAAUUAAAUGUACACACCAAAAACAAUUAAAAAUACCCCGAAAGACUGAAGUAGCACCUUAGACUUUUGAAUUUUGCGUUUCUAAAAGAAUAAUAAUUAUUGGUUCCUGUUAUUGAAAUGUUUUGAAAAAGAAUGGACUGCUUUAUUGUAUUAAAAAAAAAGGUUAUAUGAACAUUUGGAACAACUGAAAUGCUGCUUCCAGUGAGUCAAAAGUGGCCAUUUUAUGCAAGUUUCCUUAAAAAAAAAAUUGAAAAAAAUUGUGAACCUAUUGGUAUAUUUACUUUCAUUUUUUUUCAUUUCAAUUUUCCUCUUUUUACCGGUGUUGCUUUCAGCUGUAAAAAGAACAUUUGUAAAUGAUUACCAGUGAAAUGUCAGUACUCCCAUAAGACAUAUCUCAUCAUUUGAAAUGACUGCAGUCUUUGUAUCUUAAGGCGUGUGCAUUCUCUAACUUUUAUAUUGUCAUUUUAUGUACUAAAAUGAUCAAAAACAAACAACAAAAAAAGAUUGUGUACAUAGAUAUAUGCUGUAGAGUUACACCGUUUUGUUUUUUUUUUUGUUUGUUUUUUUAAUGAAAAUACAAAUGUCAGCUUCUUUGGCUUGGUUUACAGAAAUGAUUUUAAUUAUACUUGCAUCCGAUUUGAUGCAUGAUAUGGUGUGGAAAAUAAAUAAGCGAUGCACAAUGACUAUACAUUUCAAUGUUUUAUCAACAAUAUUGUAAAAAAAAAAAAAAAAAAAACAACAAAGAAACGUUUUUAGCACCGCUUAGGUUGUUUCUUUUCUUUCUCAGUUGUAAAAUAAACCCCAAAGCAGUUGUUAACAGUCAUACAUUUGUGGUUGUGUGUUCAUUUGUCAUAACGGUGCAUCAAGCUCCAAAUGUAUAUUCAAAUGCUCUGUAGCAUCCCCUUUGCUGCACAUUAAAGCAAUCACAGCAAAA